GCAUCUUCUGAACGCGAGCGUCUGCGUAAAAACCUUCGGAGCGCGCUGAAGCGCUGACGAUGAUGAUGAUGAUGAAGGCGCAGUUACGUGGCUGACCUGACCCGUGAUGGCAGCCUAUAUAAACCCCGUCCAGCCAGAGAAAGUCUGCAAGGUCUGCCGGACCCACCGAGGAGCGGCUCCGGAUGUAGGACGCGCGCGGACUCGCUCCAGAUGUAGACUCGCUUCGGUUCACUCGACUCGUUCGGACCGGAGCCAUGGAGUCGUUCGAGGCGGCGGUGAACGGCGCGUCUCCCGGCGAGGACCCGUUCUCCGGACCGCUGGCGUCCAUCGCGCCCUGGAACUAUAAAGUGCUGGCUGCUCUGAUGUUCAUCGUGACCUCGGUGUCUCUGUGCGAGAACUUCACCGUGAUGCUGGUCACCUUCAGGUUCAAGCAGCUCCGGCAGCCGCUCAACUAUAUCAUCGUGAACCUGUCUCUGGCGGACUUCCUCGUGUCUCUGAGCGGAGGAACCAUCAGCUUCCUGACCAACUAUCACGGCUACUUCUUCCUGGGGAGGUGGGCUUGUGUUCUCGAGGGGUUCGCGGUCACCUUUUUCGGGAUCGUGGCUCUCUGGUCUCUGGCUGUUCUGGCGUUCGAGCGCUUCUUCGUCAUCUGCCGGCCGCUCGGGAACAUCCGCCUGAGAGGAAAACACGCGGCUCUGGGUCUGCUGUUCGUCUGGACCUUCUCCUUCGUCUGGACCAUCCCUCCGGUGCUGGGCUGGAGCAGCUACACCGUCAGUAAGAUCGGCACCACCUGUGAGCCCAACUGGUAUUCAGGAGACCUCCACGAUCACACCUUCAUCAUCACGUUCUUCGUCACCUGCUUCAUCCUUCCUCUGGGCGUGAUCAUCGUGUGUUACAGCAAGCUGCUCCGGAAGCUCAGGAAGGUGUCUAACACGCACGGCAGGCUGGGUAACGCCCGGAAGCCCGAGCGUCAGGUGACUCGUAUGGUGGUGGUGAUGAUCGUGGCCUUCAUGGUGGCCUGGACUCCGUACGCUGCCUUCUCUAUCGUGGUCACGGCCCUUCCCAGCAUCCACCUGGACCCGCGGCUCGCGGCCGUUCCUGCGUUCUUCUCCAAGACCGCCGCCGUUUACAACCCCAUCAUCUACGUCUUCAUGAACAAACAGUUCAGAAAGUGUGUGGUUCAGCUCCUGAGCUGCAGCGACGUGACGGUCAUCGAGGGCAACGUCAACCAGACCACCGAGAGAGCAGGCAUGACCAAUGAGAGCAACACCGGCGAGAUGUCGGCCAUCGCCGCACGCAUCCCCGCCGCCGGAGCCGUCCCGCUGAAGACCGAAGAGCAGUCCAAUGAGCGCAGCUCCUUCGCCCAGAUCCCCAUUCCUGAGAACAAAGUAUGUCCGAUGUGAAGACCUCUGCUGAAUGCGUACUUACUUUUGAAUGCUGGCAUCCAAACUUUAGGCUAAAAGACGCCGAUCCAGCAUUAAAUUACAGCUUGAAAUGUGCAGUGUUGAGGAAGAAACUAUCUACAAACUACUUGUUAUUUUGUUUGGCAUUUAUUUGAAAGCUUUAUUUAGCCGUGGUUUCACAAAUACAAUUAAUUUUAUAUUCAUACAGUUACAGUAAUGGUAACACUACUUGAGGUCUUUGUGUAUAAUGCAUUACCACAGGAAAAAAUACUAAAAUGAAAUACAUAAAUAAAAGUGCUUCUAUAGUUGAUUGGGUAAUAUGACAACUAUAGCAAAAGAAACUAAUUUCAAUUAAGUUUUCUACAAUACUUUAAUACUACAAUACACUACGGUUUACUACAUUAUUUAUCAGUUCACUAUAGCUAAUAAUGCAUUAAAUAUUUUCAUAAAUAAUGCAUUAUAUUUUCAGAUUUGCUUGUUGUAGCUGAAAUGUGUCGUUCGUCUUGUGUUUUAAUGCAUUAUAUUUUUUAAUGAGUAGAUUAGUAUUAUAACUGUGAUUACAAUUAUUCACGAUGUCACCAUUUAAAAAGCGUAAUUAAUGCGUGAUUUUAUUAUUAAAUAGAUAAUUGGCACUUUUCCAUCUCGCAGUUCGGAGUUUAUAGCUCACAAUUUAUAAUUUGUUUUUGAAUUCAGAAUUGACGUUCGGCACUCUUUUUCCACAUGGAAUAAAAGAUAAAAAAAAAGCGAAUUGCGACAUACUUUUAUAAUGCAUUAUAUAAAUGCUUCAGAUUGCGUGUUACCGCUGACAGCAAUAGCAUGGUACAGUGCUGCUAAUAUUACAGUACAUCAAUAUACAUGAUGGUGGUAAACCAAGCUGUAUACGUGGAACCCCGAAGAACCGAUUGGAAGAACGACAUGUUUAGCUAGGAAACGAAAAGCUCCUCCUCAACACUGCAUUAAUGACUCCUGACUGUUGAAUGUUGAUCAUCGGUUACUCACACUGAAUUUUCCGAGGCUUCUUUACUGCAACAUUUGCACAAUUAUUAAACAGAAAUCAAGCAGAAAAACAGACUGAAUGCGAUGCGUUCGGGCACCUGACACCAGAACACGUGUGCAUUUCCCAGAUGAAGGGAAUAAGUGGACGAGCAAACACUACAAGUGCCCUUCAAACUCUGCCGAACGUCAUCCAGCACACCCAGAGUCUCCUGAACUGUUAUCUUUAAGGAAUAUUUCCCUGUAUCUGAUGCAUUCUGUGUUGACUGUAUGAUCAGAGAAACACACACGAGCUCCGAUGAUGCAGCUUUCUCGACAACUGAAUGUGUUUUUAUUUUAUUCCUUUGUUAAAGGAAUGUCAAAAUUCAGAUUUUUUUUUUUUUCAGGUCUGUUUGCGCUUAAACAAAAUGUACACUUAUCAUUAAAUUGGUCAAGAGUAACAGCAAA